CAUGUUUGAGGCAGCAACAUCGCACUUUGUUGACGUGGUAGGACGCGACACGUUACAGCCACCGCCAUCAUUGGAAGCGGCAAUACAUUGUAAACCAUUGUCAUUGGUUGUGAAGCAGCAACCAAAAUGGCCAUGGCAGACACCGGUACUGGAACCACAGCCAUUUAAACUCACUGAAGUGCUGCUCAGGGAUAGACCUGUGACAGAGAAAGAAGACAAACUACCUGUUUUACGACUUGAAACUAAACAAAUGACGGAAUUCAGGAAUGAUAUCAGCUUAACAGUGAAGGGAAAACUGGGAUUUGAGAUUGCGAAUACGUUUAAUCUCGAGUUGGAAGGCAGCAAUACGAUCAACGUGCAUGUGAAUUUCGGCGUCGUUAAAAGGACAGAUGUCGAUGUUCCUACACUGGCUGAAGCUCUGACUGGCGUCUAUCUAGAUGCCGAUAAUGCAUUUGUUAAAUGGUGGCGAAAAAAGAAAAAGAAACAGACAUUAUGUCUUAUUGUUGGUGUGUUUUUCACAGCAACCGAUUCGAGACUUACUGUUACUACACAGAGAAGUGCGACAGAAAAAGCGGGAAUAUCGCUGCCGAAUAUGCCUGUUUUGUCUUUGGGAGAAGAGGUUUCGAAGGAAGACAACCAUUUCAACUAUUUACUUGUUCCAGCAUUCACGACUAUUGCGUAUAAAGUUUGUGAGUUCAACGUCACCGUUAAUGGUGCUCUAGAAUUGUCGACGUUUGGAAGUCCUGUGCUCCAAUCAGAAGUGGACGGCAGUGUUAAUGCCAAAGGUACAACAUCCGUAGAAACGUCAGGGAAAGGUAAUGAAGUUCUCUUUGGUCAUCGAAGUCAUUGUGAAAUGCUAGAGCUUAGAAAGAUAUAUGAAAGGCUGAUGAGUCUACAAGUAACAGAAGAUGUAUGGAUCUAUUCGGAGAAACAAAUAGAUUAUUACCACACACGGAAAUUUGAGAACCAAGUCAAAGCUCUCUCUGUUGCUCUGUUGUUGCUAAACAAGUUAUGA